AUGAUCUACAAAGGCUACUCCCCCAUAAAAAUCUACAAGGGCUACACCCGCCCACGCCACUCGUUCACCACACUCAUAUUCUGCAUAUGUGUGUUUAUAAUCCUCUCACAGCUCUGGUCGCUAUGGUCGCCUCCACACCACUAUCUCUCGUACAUUCCGAGUUCGUGGCAGUUCGAUCCUGAUUUGCAUGCCAAUUUGCACACGUUUAGUAAUGAGCAGUGCGAUAUUGCGUUUCCGAGGUUGUAUCAUAGUUUGGAGGAAAAUGUGAAGAGGAGGAAGGGGAAGAAGGUAGAGUUGGGGGACAUUGAGAUUAAGCAGGGGAGGUGCAUGAUAAGGGUUAUGAUCUAUGAGGGAGAGCUUUUCGUAAUCGACUCCGGGCUCCCCGAGCGCUGCUAUGUCACUAACGGCAACGAACGCGAACGCAUCCUGGGUACCCUUGCCCAAAUUGAUCGCUCCCUAACCACGUCCUCUCCCUCCGACCCCUCAGUCCCCAACAUCGAAUUCUCUUUCUCCCUCGACGACCUCCCGCGCCGCUCCAACGCCCACGGCACCUUCUUUGGCUACACACGUCAAGAUGGCCGCACUUACGACGACAUCUGGCUGAUGCCGAAUUAUGCGUACUGGAGCUGGAACUACACGCAUGCGCCAAGCUGGAAUAGCAUUCGAAGGGAGAUUGCCGAAACGGAAAUGGCGCGGACGUGGGCGCAGAAGGAUCCGAGGGUGGUGUGGAGGGGGAAAAUCAAGAUGGCGAGGUUGAGGGAGGAGUUGGUGAGGAUCAGUAAAGGGAAGAGCUGGAGUGAUGUUAAACCGGUGGUUAUUAAUAAUGCGACGGAUGAGAAUAGCAAGGAUGUUAUGAAUUUGAGGGAGUUUUGUGGGUACAAAUUCACCGUGCAAACCGAAGGAACAUCCUAUUCAGGCCGGCUGAAAUACCUACAACUCUGUCGGUCAGCACUGAUAACUCAUCCGCUUCAGUGGCAGGAGUUCCACACACAUCUAAUGCAGCUUUCAGGCCCCGAAAUCAACUUCAUCGAGGCGUCAGACAAUUUCGGGAACUUGGAGUCUGCCAUGGAAUAUUAUAAGAAACACGACGUCGAGGCGGAGGAGAUUGCGCGGAAUAGUUAUGAGACUUUUGCGAGACGGUAUUUGACGCCUGCUGCGGUAACAUGUUACUGGCGCCGCCUAUUUUGGAGCUGGGCUGCUGUCCAAGGCUUCGAGCCUAAGCUUUACGAAAGUGAUAAAAAGGGGAAUAACGUUAUGCGCGGGACGCCAUGGACUGCUUUUGCGGCGAAUUGGCCGAAGGAUCCUUCGAAAAUACCCUGA